CCUAUAUAUAGGUGGUGGAUUAUUCUCGGUAGAGUUGCAUGCAAAAGGAGGCAUAGGACUGUUUCUUCCUCGCAUAGCAAGCUGGUCGAUCGAUGGAGCUUCUCAAGAUGGCGCGGCAACGUACGCUGGCCAUGGCGUUGGUCGUCGGAGUCUUGGCGUCCAUCACUGUCGAUGAGGUGCAAUCCAUCGGCGUGUGCAACGGCAAGGUAGGCGACAACCUACCAUCGCGGGCCGAGGUGGUGCGGCUCUACAAGUCCCUGGGAAUCGCCGGGAUGCGCAUCUACGAGCCGGAACCCGAGACGCUCCUGGCCCUGGACGGCACCGAGAUCGACCUCAUCAUGGACGUGGGUGGCAGCUUCGCGGCCAUAGCCUCCGACCCUGCCGCCGCGGCCGGCUGGAUCCGGGACAACGUGCUUGCCUUCCCGGGCGUGCGCAUCAAGUACAUUGUGGCCGGCAACGAGGUCGAGGGCAGCGACACGAGCAACAUCCUCCCGGCCAUGACCAACCUCAACGCCGCGCUCGCUGCCGCCAGCCGCACUGACGUCAAGGUGUCCACGGCGGUCAAGAUGAGCGUGCUCGGGUCCUCCACGCCGCCCUCCGAGGGCGUGUUCAAGGACGCGUACAUGACGGAGGUGGCCAAGAUGCUCAAGGCCACCGGGGCCCCGCUCCUCGCCAACGUCUACCCCUACUUCGCCAAAAGGGACACCCCGGACAUCGACCUCAACUUCGCGCUCUUCCAGCAAAGCACCAACACGGUGAGCGACAGCGGUCUCACCUACACAAACCUCUUCGACGCCAUGGUCGACGCGAUUUACUCGGCCUUGGAGAAGGCGGGUGCGCCGGGCGUGCCCAUCGUGGUCUCGGAGAGCGGCUGGCCGUCGGCCGGCGACGACCUGGCAACCGUCGCUAACGCGCAGGCGUACAACCAGGGGCUGAUCGACCACGUCGUCAAAGGCACGCCCAAGAGGCCGGUGCCGCUGGGGACCUUCAUCUUCGCCAUGUUCAACGAGAACCAAAAGGGAGGGGCCGUGACAGAGAAGAACUUUGGGCUGUUCAACGGCCCCGACAAGACGCCGGUGUACCCUAUCAAGUUCAACAAUUAGCUAAGACAACCGGACUACAUAUUCAUGUAUUACAAUACAUAUAUAGCUGCUGCUUCGAUCGAUCUUAAUAAGCUGCAGAAUAAUUCGUGCAAUGUCAUAUGAAUAAGAGCCAUCAGUUGUGUUGGCAAUACGAAUCCCCUCAAGCAUUGUAAACUCGUGAUGUACAGCUUUUGAUUCUAUUUUAUUCCCACAUAGACAAGUAUUUUUUCUAAUUCAUAAUCGCUGUCGACGCUGAGAACCGUCGAUCCAUG